GUAGUGCACAGUGCGUAGGAGACAUGACGUGGUGAAACAACGCGGACUCUACUCAUUCCAGCUCAUAAUGCUUUCCCCCCUGCGAGAUACCACAUCCUACGAUGUCUACACAAAAUCACCAGAGUCGACUCAGAUCCGACAAGCAUUUAAGCUCGUCUGUGUGAGAAGGUGGGCUAGACGGUCUACCUCAUUGCUUUGUGCGUCCAUUGUCUUGAUCACAGCCCGAGGGGAUCAGAGGUUUCAUGCUCAAAGAGCACGCCCCGAUGCGAACGUGAUGCCUUACGGAUCUGUGCUCACGAUCUGGUGGCUGGUCCCUUGCAUGUUUCAUCCUAGAAGCCCAGCAACAUUGUAAAGGGUUCCGGAGAUGCACGCACCCCCUCCAUUACCCUGGCUAGGGAUGAUUGAUUGCUGCUGUUUUUCAUAUCCUGAGCAUACUCGCUGCGUAUAUCAGGGAACCGUCCAAACGUGCAGCGAUACGGU